ACUGAGGCAGGGAAACCAGUGCAUGAAUAAUUAAGAUCAGAUUUUUUUAAAACUGCGUGCAGAGUACAGUACAAAACCAAAUGAAAAUAUAACAAUUUAGAAUAAAAGAAAAAUCACCCAUUGAAUAAAUAUCACGAAAAAUGGGAGUGAAAUAUUUUUUCCUCCCGUGUGAGAUGUGUGUGGAGAGAGCGGGUGGUGUUUAGCCGAAGGUUUGAAAAUGUGAUUGCAUUUUUUGACAGGAGAGUGCGGGAACAGCUGUUGUUGUUGACCUCCCUUCAGUCAUGUUAGCCCCUGAUGUGAUGGCGAGGAAACCCCGUUAGGCAGGCGCUCUUCAUGACGGCAAAUCAUUGCACCCAGCUGACACACGACGUAAUGUGGGUAUGGAGCAGCCUCUGGCAGAUUCUACGCUGCAAUAGGGGACCGAGAGACGCUUAAAGCACCAGGCACAUUCCAGGAUUUCUAUGAUGUCUGCUCACACAGUUGACAUGGAUGAUGAAGAUGGGCGUUGUCUGCUAGAUGUAAUUUGUGAUCCUCAGGCCCUCAAUGACUUCUUGCACGGUUCGGACCAGCUCGAUGGCGAAGAUCUCCUCGAUACGACCACAGACCCAGCCAGUGCUUUCUUCACCGACGCAUCUCUCAACGUCCAGGAUGGGGCCGUUAAUCACCUGAACAGCGGACACACUCAAAGCUCCAGCGCGGUCGAUCUCGACUUCCUGGAGGAUGACAUCCUGGGGCCAUCUUCCAGCUCGAACUUGCAGAAUUCCGACCAGCCCUGUGACAUCUUACAGCAGAGCUUGCAGGAGGCCAACAUCACGGAGCAGUCGCUGGAGGAGGAUGCGGACCUGGACAUCGCCUCCCUGCACUUCCCCUCCCUGCAGCCGGUGUCCCAGGCAGCGGACACGGCACAGCUCUUCCCCACUGGUGCUGACCUGAUCGGCCUGCAGCAGCCGCCUGCCGUCCUGGCCCAGCAGACCCUCAUCCAGCAGCAGACCAUCGGGGGCCAGGUGGUGAACAAGGCCAUCAACCUGCAGCCCUUCCUGCAGCAGGUGGGGCUGGGCAAUGUGACGCUGCAGCCGGUGUCCAAUCUCCAGGGGCUGCCCAACGGGAGCCCAUCCGGGACGCUGGGCAUAGGGCAGAUCCAGGUGGUGGGGCAGCUAUCCAGUCAGCCAGUAAUGGCCAUCAACCAGCCCACGCAGCAGAUCAUCACCAAGGCUGGCCAGCCCACCCAGGUCACCACCGUUCCAGGGGUCAGCUACAUCUCCUCGCCUGCCGCCGACCAGCAGCAGGUGGCCUUGAACUCGUCCGGGGUGUCCCCCCCCAACGCGGGGCUGGUCCUGCAGAAGAACGCGGGCCCGGGUGCACUGAACGGGAACUCCCUCUUCGCCGGGGGGCCCAUCGGGCAGGCGGGCGUGCGGCCGACCUCCAGCCCAGCCAUGAUGCAGGCACAGCUCGCCGGCCAGAACGUCAUCGUACAGCGGACCCCCACCCCCAUCCAGCCCAAGCCCACCGCCGGCGUGGUGCAGCACAAGCUCUUCCAGAUCAGCUCCAAGCCAUUCGCAGCGGCCGGAGCCGCGCUGACCAUCCAGGGCGAGGCACCCCUGCAGCCGCCACCUCAGCCCACCCCGCCCAAGGCGCAGCAAAACGUGACCUUCAUGGCUGGCAAGCCGGGGCAGAACGUGGUCUUCUCGGCCUCGGGCACCGGCUUCCCCCAGACCAUCUCCUCCUCCGUCUUCAAGCCGCAGCAGGGUCCCCAGCAAGCCUUCGGCAAGCCCCUGAGCCUCCACCUGCAGGGGGGCAGCAUCGUCAUCCAGCCGCAGCACAUGCACCAGGCCAUGCUGCAGAGCCAGAACCAGUUCCUGCUGCAGGGGCAGCUGUCCGGGGCCUCAGGCGUCCCCCUGCCCCAGCAGCUCUCGGCGCUGCAGCCUGGCAUGGGGGGCCAAAUCCUGACAGCCCAGCCCGCCGGAGCCCAGGGCUCGGCCACCCACAUUAUCGCCAACCAGGCCUUGCCGGCCCAGAUCCUCACCAACCAGAACAUCGCCGGGCAGCUCAACCUGGGCCAGGUGAUCGCCGCCCAGAACGCGCAUGGCGCCACACACAUCCUGUCCGCCCCCAUCCAGCUGCAGCCCGGCCCUGUGGGGCAGCCGGCCGUCUUCCAGAUGCCCGUCUCGCUGUCGGGUGGCCUCAGCUCCCAGAGCCCGGCCUCAGGCCAGGCCUCGCUGGGCCCCAGUGCCGUCAGCCAACCAACCAUCAUCCAGGGGGUCACCCUGCCCGGUCAGGCAGCUAUGCUGGGGGCAGGGGAGGCCCAGGCUCCGGGCCUGCAGCCGCCCCCCGCCAGCAGUGCCCAGCCGGCACCCGGCGGAGGCCUGGUUGCCCUGGGCAACGGGCAGGCCUCGAUCCUGACGGUGCAGAGCGCCACCCCCUCGCAGGCCCAGCCGCUGUCCUCGGGCUCCCAGGCUAGCAGCAGCUCCACACCAGCCGCCGGGAAGAUCAUCAUCGCCCAGCCAGGCUCGGGGCCCGCCGUCGGACAGGACACCGCACAGGUCUUCUUCCAGCAGCAGGAACAGAAGCAGCAGCAGCUUUACCAGGCAGCCCUGAAACUGCAGCAGGAGCGAGGUUUGAACCAGCCGCCACCCCACAGCUUAGCGCCCACCGUCACCACCAGCAGCGUGCCCGCCUCCGUCAUCGUCAGCAGUAGCGUGGGGCUGGCACCCGCGGGACCCCCCGACUCCAAGGGACAAACGGUGCUGCCCUCAAUGCCGGGCACUCACUUCCAGCAGGCUCUGGCUGGUCAGCAGAUGGGCGCGGGGCAACAGAAGACAGCCCUGCAGCAGGGCACGCCAACGUCACAGUCGCCUGUGCCCCAAGCCCCGCCGAGCGACAGCCAGCUCCACAUCCAGAUGCCGUCUCCGCACCAGUCACGGCCUCCCUCGCAGCCACAGCCCCUGUCGCGGCCACCGUCCCGCCCCCAGAGCCGUCCCUCCUCCCAGCCCCAGGCACUGUCCCGGCCCCCCUCCGAGCCCCUGUCCCGCUCCUGCACCCCGUCCCAGCUGCCCCUGCAGCCCCUCUACGUCAUCCAGACCCAGCUGCAGACUUCACCCCACGGGAGCUCCCAGGCACCCCACCCCAUGAGACCCCCCUCCCAGCCGCACCUGCAGAUGCAGUUCCAGAGUGCCCCUGCCCAGCCCCCACCCCAGGCUGAGCCCCAGCUCACCCCCCCGGCCCCUGCCCAGAGCCAGGCCGAAGCCCAGACCCCACCCCACCUCCUGCCCCCCUCCACCGCCCCCUCGCAGACCCCCAGUGACCCCCUGCCCACCCAGCCCCCCCACAUGCAGCUGCAGCUCCAUUGCCAGCCACACCCGCAGGCUCCCCUGCAGCCCGUCUACCAGACCCUCACCCUGACGGCGGAGCAGCAGCAGAGGUUCCAGAUGGUGACCAGCCAACUGCAGACCAUGUCGGCCAUUGCCAACCCCACCCAGCAGCACAAGACCAUCAUGGAGAAGCUUCAGCAGAUGCAGCACAACAUAAUUCUUCAAGCCAAGCCCUCUGGCACCAGCCAAGGUGUGCCUGGUGUGAGCCAGCUCAGCAGUCAGGCCUCCACGAUGCUGAUUGGCAGCCAAGUGCAGUCCUCGAGCCUGCAGGCACAGACUCACACCACCUCAGCCGGGCUGAAGUCACAGCCCCCAGGAGGGGGACAGGCAGCUCUGGCCACACUUCUGCAGCAGACGUCCGUCCUCAUGAAGGCUUCCUCAGCAGGUACCACAACCACAACACGGUCUCCAGACAGCAAAGUCAUCUCAGGGACAGCGUCUGGAGCCCCCUGCCACCUACAGCAAGGAACAACAGUCCCCCUGCAGAUGAAGCCUGUCGCACAGCACCAGAUUCAGCCCUCACUACAGACGAAACCCGGAGUGAUCAGUUCAAUCUCGGGUCUGAACAUGAGCUUGUCCAAAGGGCCGAUCCAGAUCCAACUUCUGGGGAAAGGACUAACGCAGCUGAUGCCUGCUGGUUCAGUGCCUGCUCACCAGAUGGAGAGCAAGUUGGGAGGACUGAAGACGCCAGCAUCUCUGCAGCCAGCAAAGGAAUCUGUGCUCUUGGACCGACUGCGCAUGGAUCAGGAUGCAGUUCUCCAACCGGACUACAAGUCCCCCUUCCGAUCUUACCAGGACAUGGUCCACAGGCUUCUGCCGUACCACCUGUACCAGGGAACGUUACCCUCUGCAGAAGAGCACAGGAAAGUGGACGAGGAGUUUGAGGCAGUCUCGACACAGUUAUUAAAACGUACCCAGGCCAUGCUGCACAAAUACAGAAUGCUGCUGUUCGAGGAGGCCAGGAGGCUGAGUCCCUCGGCGGAGAUGGUGAUGAUUGACAGGAUGUUCAUCCAGGAAGAGAAAACCUCCCUGUCCACGGACAAACAGCUGGCGAAGGAGAAACCUGAUGAAUAUGUGGCCUCCUCAUCCAGAUCCCACAGCCUUACUACCUCUCCUCCACCCCCCCCCUCCACCAGCUCGGCAUCACUGGAAACCCCCCGACUUCCCUCCGUGCAGACGGCGACGCCCAACCACCCCACCAAGCUGGUGAUUAAACACGCGGGGGGCUCUCCCUCGGUGUCGUGGGCCCGGGCCCUGCCCGCACAGGACAGCGAGGAUGACACCCUCCACACCCGCAGCCGCCCGCCGCCCAUGAAGACAUAUGAGGCGCGGAGCCGCAUCGGCUUGAAGCUGAAGAUCAAGCAGGAGGCGGGGCUGAGCAAGGUGGUGCACAACACCGCACUGGACCCCGUGCACCAGGUGCCCGGCUCGGUGAUCAGGAGCACCGAGGGCCCAGGGGUCACCAGCACCCGCCAGAUGAAUGGCAGCCUGGACCACCCCAGCCCGUCACCCACCGAGAGCCAGCCCCCCGCCCCCGCCAACUACUGCCGGUUCCCCUCCAGGAAGACCCACCGGGAGGGUGGGGCGUCCCUCCCAGCUGACCGGACUGCUGCUGACCCCUCGCUGGCGGGGCCCCUCAAGCCUGAGGAGGGCAGGAGGGAGGGCUUGCCCAAGUGCGAGGCGGCGUCCAGGGGGGUCAUUGCCAGCUGCAAGUCGGUGGGGAGCCCGAAGCCGAGGACUGGCCGAGGCGGCAGGCUGGAGGACGGCAAGAAAGCCCGGACGCACCCUCCCCCUCCGCCUCCCAAGUCGGAGGAGCCCCCUGGGGGGAAGGGAGGCGACAACACCGGAGGGCUGGCCAGAGAGCUGUCGGACGUCGAGAGUGAGUUGGUGCGCGGCAUUCUCAAAGCCGACCCUCCAGACGGGUCCUGGGAGUUGGCGCUCCCGCCUCCCAAGAGGACCAAGUCGGAAUCGUUCGACAUGGACAAUGCCAGCUUCUCCAGCGACAGCCCACAAGACGACACCUUAACCGAACAUUUGCAGAGUGCCAUCGACAGCAUCCUGAACUUGCGGCAGCCGCAGUCCGCCCUCGCUCAGAACCCUGUGUCGUCUCCGUACAACUCCUCAGAGAUGAACUCCUCUCCCUUCUCCCCAACUCCACAUUCGGACAGCUACCUUGCACCCAAUCGCAAUGGAGGCCUUGGAGCUAGGACUUACACUAGAUGACUCUGCUUGUUCGACUAGUACUCGUUUCCAUUGCUGGUACGUCAGUUGUGCUGUGUCGAGCACAAUGCAGCGCAUUAAAGAGAUGGUAUCCCUUUA